UCACAAUCAUCUUUGGCAUCUCUGAGAGAUGCAAAGAGUCGUCACAAUGAAGGUGCUAGUGCUGGUUGCGCUGCUUGUCUCGAUGGCGAGCGCUGCAUCGAUACACUCGGACCAGCACCUUUCUCGGAGGUUGGAGCGAACGCAGCUGUACGAGAUUGGAUCGAAAUUCGCGCACAGGUCAGUCCCGAGCUCGUCGGGAGUGACGACCCAGAGCAGUGCCACGGACGACGACGACGACGAAGAAGAUGAUGGCUCGUCGGACGGUGACACGCUGGACACUCACUCGCAAAAUGAUCCUGGCACCAAGAAGGAGGCGGGCCACAAAGGGUCACAGCGUACCCUGCUAGACAGCGUGCGGGCCUCGGACGGGACGGUGGUGCCCAUCGUGAGCGGCGUAAACGGAGACCCUGGGGUGUAUCCGGGCUCGGCAAGCGCGUUCAUUGACGGCUGGCGUCUUCUACCCAAUGUCACUGGCGCCACGAUUGACUUGACGACAAUCAAGGUCGGAACGGGUGGAGCAACACUGGCCCACUACAUCACGUCUUCGUACGACGCUACAAAGAUCAAGCGUGCUGUCAUCAUCGUGCACGGCGACAACCGAGUCGCGUGGAACGAGUUCAUCUACGCAGAGGCCUCUCUGCAGCGGGCUGUACAGGGAGGCGACGUAAAGGAGGAUGAAGUCGUGAUUAUGGCACCCCAAUUCUUCAACGACGUCGACCACGGCGCCUACCCCGCCGAUCCUGUGACAAAUGCUUCCACGUCGUCGGUCAUGAUCUGGUCCGACAACCUCAACAACUGGGGAGACGGCUCCCCGUCCAUCUCUCCAGCCAACUCCGACGUGGGAGCAUUCGACGCCCUCGAUGCCACCCUCACCUUCUUCCACGACAAGACCCGGUUCCCCAACCUCGUCAACGUGGUCGUGGGUGGCUUCAGCAUGGGCGGCCAGCUUGUGCAGCGGUAUAGCGUGCUACGGCCCACUGUGUCAUCGGACGACGAAUCACGGACGCAGUACUGGGUCAGCAGCCCAGCUUCCUUUGUCUAUCUCAACUCUUCAAGGCCCGAGUCUAUCAAGUCAAAGUGCACCGGAUUCAACAACUACAAGUAUGGCCUCGAGGGUACCUUGCCCCUCUACCUCUCUGACCAGGGCUCCGGCAGCCCUUCGAAGCAGGGCGUGGCGCUCACCCAGGCGGGCCUGGGGCCACGGUACGUCGCGAGGAAGCUCAACUUCCUCGUCGGUCUCAAAGACCACAUUGCCGGUGACUCGCGCUGCCAGGCCGACACCCAGGGCCGGAACCACGUCACGAAGCUCAACAAUUGGAUCACGACUGUGAUGCCCUAUCUCGCCUCGUCGUCUGGUGGCAAGCUGCCCGCCAACUCGACAGUCGACUACGUAAAGAAUGUCGGUCACCAGGACUACCGAAUGAUCCCCAGCGACCCUGGCGUGCAGAGGCUCUUCCUCGACGACUACGCCUCUGUUGGCUCCAGUGCUGCCGCGCCGCCUUCCAACGGCGACACGUCCUCGCCCGCGCCCUCGUCGUCGGACCUCAACGGGGACAAGACGGACGGCGACGGGCCUUCGCAGUUCCGGCUCGCAGGGCGCUUCAUCUGGACAAUAUCCGGCCUCGUCGUCGUCGCAUUGGUCUUCCUUUAGUUUCCAAGCUUCUUCUUCUUCUCCCUCACCUCACAUAUUCCAAUACAUUUCAGGCGCUCUUCCCUUCUGUUCUCCUCCUCAAGCAUUAUCUAGACCACUUCAUCGUUCCGGGAAAUGAAAAUUAGCAUGUCAUUCGUUGGUGAG